GGAGUCCAGCUGGGGGACCGGCUUUUUCCCUCGCAGGACAGGAUUGUCAGAAAGCGAAGCUGCCUGCCAUCACUUUUUUCUUAAUUCCUCUGUCCUCACGGUGGGCCUGGGGGCGAGGUUGGAGAAGGUGCUACUGACGCCACCCUCACAUCACCCCUGGGCGAGGCACCUUACGUGGAGCGUGACCUUCUGCUUUUUGAACCAGACCUAAGUUGCCCCAGCUAUGUCCCGAGGGAUCCUUUCUCCGCCAGCCGGCUUGCUCUCGGAUGAAGAUGUCGUACUGUCCCCCAUGUUUGAGUCCACGCUUGCAGAUUUGAGGUCUGUGGUUCGUAAGGACCUGCUGUCAGACUGCUCUGUCAUCUCCACCUCCUUGGAGGACAAGCAGCAGGUUCCAUCUGAGGAUAGUACAGAGAAGGUGAAAGUAUAUCUGAGGGUCAGGCCCUUGUUACCUUCAGAGCUGGAACGGCAGGAAGAUCAGGAUUGUGUCCGUAUUGAGAAUGCGGAGACCCUUGUGCUACAGGCACCCAAAGACUCCUUUGCCCAGAAGAGUAAUGAACGGGGAAUUGGCCAAGCCACCCACAGGUUCACCUUUUCCCAGAUCUUUGGACCAGAAGUAGGGCAAGCAUCCUUCUUCAACCUGACUGUGAAGGAGAUGGUAAAAGACGUACUCAAAGGACAGAACUGGCUUAUCUAUGCAUAUGGAGUCACCAACUCAGGGAAAACCCACACGAUUCAAGGUACCAUCAAAGAUGGAGGGAUCCUGCCCCGGUCCCUGGUUCUGAUCUUCAAUAGCCUCCAAGGCCAACUUCAUCCCACACCUGAUCUGAAGCCGUUGCUCUGUAAUGAGGUAAUCUGGCUUGACAGCAAGCAGAUCCGACAGGAGGAAAUGAAGAAACUGGCCCUGCUAACUGGAGGCCUCCAAGAGGAGGAACUGUCUACCUCCUUGAAGAAGAGCGUCUACAUUGAAAAUCGAAUAGGUACCAGCGCCAGCUUUGACAGUGGCAUUGCUGGGCUCUCCUCCACCAGUCAGUUUACUAGCAGUAGCCAGCUAGAUGAAACAAGUAACCGAUGGGCACAGCCAGACAGUGCCCCUAUAAGUGUACCUGCAGACAUUCGCUUCUCCAUCUGGAUCUCCUUCUUUGAGAUCUACAAUGAACUGCUUUAUGAUCUGUUAGAACCACCUAACCAACAGCGCAAGAGGCAGAUUCUGCGGCUAUAUGAGGAUCAGAAUGGCAAUCCCUACGUGAAAGAUCUCAAUUGGAUUCACGUUCAGGAUGCUGAGGAGGCCUUGAGACUCCUGAAAGUGGGUCGUAAAAACCAGAGCUUUGCCAGCACGCACCUGAACCAGAACUCCAGCCGUAGUCACAGCAUCUUCUCCAUUCGGAUCCUGCACCUUCAAGGGGAAGGGGACAUUGUCCCCAAGAUCAGCGAGUUGUCAUUCUGUGAUCUGGCUGGCACAGAACGCUGCAAAGAUCAGAAGAGUGGUGAGCGGCUAAAGGAAGCAGGAAACAUUAACACUUCUCUGCACACCCUGGGCCGCUGUAUUGCUGUCCUGCGCCAAAACCAGCAGAACAGGUCAAAGCAGAACCUGAUUCCCUUCCGCGACAGCAAGUUGACUCGAGUGUUUCAAGGCUUCUUCACAGGCCGAGGCCGCUCCUGCAUGAUUGUCAAUGUGAAUCCCUGUGCAUCUACUUAUGAUGAGACCCUUCACGUGGCCAAGUUCUCAGCCAUUGCCAGCCAGCUUGUGCAUGCUCCACCUGUACAACUGGGACUCCCAUCGCUACAUUCAUUCAUCAAGCAACACAGUCUGCAGGCAUCCUCCAGCUUAGAGAUAGAAACUAAGACAGACCCAGGCCUUGAUGAUGACAUUGAAAGUGAAGCUGAUAUCUCCAUGUAUAGCAAGGAGGACCUCCUUCAGGUGGUGGAAGCCAUGAAAGCACUGCUUUUGAAAGAACGGCAGGAAAAGUUGCAGCUGGAGAUGCAACUCCGUGAUGAAAUAUGCAAUGAGAUGGUGAAGCAGAUGCAACAGCGUGAACAGUGGUGCAGUGAACAUUUGGACACCCAAAAGGAACUAUUAGAGGAAACAUAUGAAGAGAAAUUAAAGAUCCUCAAGGAGUCACUGACAAGUUUUUACCAAGAGGAGCUUCAGGAGCGGGAUGAGAAGAUUGAAGAGCUAGAAGCUCAAGUGCAGGAAGCCAGACAACCGCCAAGAGCUCAUCAACAAUCAGGGUCUGAAUUGUCCGUAAGACGGUCACAAAGGCUGGCUGCUGCUUCUCACUCCACCCAGCAGCUCCAAGAGGUUACAGCCAAACUGGACCAGUGCAAAGCAGAGCUCAACUCGACCACUGAGGAGCUACGGAAGUAUCAGAAAAUGUUAGAACCACCACCCUCAGCCAAGCUCUUCACCACUGAUGUGGACAAGAAGUUAGAGGAGGGCCAGAAGAAUAUAAGGUUGCUACGGACAGAGCUUCAGAAACUUGGUGAAUCUCUCCAGUCAGCAGAAAGAGCCUGUUGCCAUAGCACUGGGGCAGGAAAACUUCGCCAAGCCUUGUCUACAUGUGAUGACAUCUUAAUCAAACAGGAUCAUACCCUGGCUGAGCUGCAGAAUAACAUGAUGUUGGUAAAAAUGGACCUUCGGAAGAAGGCGGCAUGCAUUGCGGAGCAGUACCAUACUGUGCUAAAACUCCAAGGCCAGGCUUCUACCAAAAAGCGCGUUGGUGUCAACCAGGAAAACCAGCAACCAAACCAAGAGCCCCCAGGGAAGAAACCAUUUCUUCGAAAUUUUCUUCAUCGAACACCCACCUGCCAAAGCUCAACCGACUGCAGCCCUUAUGCUCGGAUCCUGCGCUCACGGCAUACCCCUUUACUCAAGUCUGGGCCAUUUGGCAAAAAAUACUGAGGUUGUGGGGAAGAAGAGAGCAAUCCUGUCCUGAGGUGGGUCAGCUGCUCAGCUUAAGAAAUGUGUCUUUUAAACUUCACCAUAUAUAUAAACCUUGAACUUUAUGCAAAAUGUAAUAUUCAUACACUAGUUGUUUGAUUUUUUGUAAUAUAGUCACCUAUGUAAUCUCAUGCUUUUUUACUUAUGUUUUUUUUUAUUCAGCACAAAAAAGAAAGCUAUAUUAAAGAUAUUGUUCACAUUU